UGUGUGAAGGCAGGACAUGGCGUCUAACUCUACCACAAAAUUUUUCGCCCUUUCCCAGUCUUUCAGCGUAUCUGAUAUCAUUGUAAUCGGAGCUUAUUUUUUAUUGAACGUCGCAGUUGGAAUAUGGUCAUCUUGCAGAGUGAGCCGAAACACACUAAGUGGAUAUUUUCUGGCUGGCAGAGACAUGGCGUGGUGGCCGAUUGGUGCAUCUCUGUUUGCCAGCAGUGAGGGUUCAGGAUUGUUCAUCGGUCUGGCUGGGACGGGAGCAGCAGGAGGGAUCGCAGUAGCCGGAUUCGAAUGGAAUGCAACUUAUGUCCUGUUGGCUCUUGCCUGGAUCUUUGUCCCAGUUUAUGUGUCUUCUGGGAUCGUCACAAUGCCAGAAUAUCUGGGUCGGCGGUUUGGAGGAGAACGAAUUCGCAUGUACUUGUCAGCUCUCAGUCUGAUGCUGUCUGUGUUUACCAAGAUCUCAACGGAUCUGUACUCUGGAGCUUUGUUUGUCCAGGUUUGUUUGGGCUGGAAUCUCUACCUGUCCACAGUGCUCAUGCUGGUCGUCACUGCCCUCUACACUAUUGCAGGUGGCUUGGCUGCUGUAAUCUACACCGACACUCUUCAGACCUUCAUCAUGAUCAUUGGAGCAGUCAUCCUCACCAUUACAGCAUUCAACAAGAUUGGAGGCUACAGUAACCUGGAGAGCGUGUAUUUGAAAGCUGUGCCGUCUAAGAUCAUUCCAAACACGACAUGUCACCUGCCCAGGCCUGAUGCCAUGCACCUGUUCAGGGACCCUGUGCAUGGAGACCUACCCUGGCCAGGCAUGACACUGGGAUUAACCAUUCUUGCAACAUGGUACUGGUGCACCGAUCAGGUAAUCGUGCAGAGGUCUCUGUCAGCCAAGAAUCUGAGUCACGCCAAAGGGGCGUCAAUCUUUGCCAGCUAUCUCAAGAUGCUUCCCAUGAUCUUUAUCAUCCUACCUGGCAUGAUCAGCAGGGCACUCUACCCAGACACAGUGGCUUGUGUUGACCCUGAAGAGUGUUUAAAGGUGUGUGGUGCAGAGGUGGGCUGUUCCAACAUUGCUUUUCCAAAAUUGGUCAUCGAACUCAUGCCCAGCGGGGGGUUGAUGAUAGCUGUAAUGAUGGCCGCUUUAAUGUCAUCACUGACCUCCAUCUUCAACAGUAGUAGCACCCUCUUCACCAUGGACAUCUGGAAGAAGUAUCGAAGAGGUGCUAGCGAGAAGGAGCUGCUGCUGGUUGGCAGGAUAGUGACUGUUAUUUUGGUGGUGAUUAGCGUGGUUUGGAUCCCAAUUCUUCAGAGCGCCAACAGCGGCCAGCUGUAUGUUUACAUCCAGUCAGUAACCAGCUAUCUAGCCCCUCCUGUCACUGCCAUUUUUGUUAUGGCUGUUUUCUGGAAAAGAACCAAUGAGGCGGGAGCAUUCUGGGGCCUGAUGGUGGGUCUAGCUGUGGGAUUGACACGGAUGGUUCUAGAGUUUGCAUUCCCUCCCCCUCGCUGUGGCGUUUUUGACCCUGCUCCUUCCGUCCUAAGGAGUGUACACUACCUGCACUUUGCCAUCAUACUCUGUGCCCUCACUGCUAUUGUUGUAGCGGUGAUCAGUCUGCUGACCCCUCCACCCACUGAUGAACAGACACGUAAUCUUACCUGGUGGACUCUUCACAACAGCACUGAGAGAGAAAUACCUCUACAGAAAGUAACUACAGUCAGCCGCAGGACGGACGGUUGUGAGUCUGUGCGUAGGGGUAAGUGUGUCCGCACAGCUGGGUUCUGUAGUCCUCGACCUGGCCGAUUUGCAGCUGGGACGCCGCCUCCAAUGAUUCACAGUACCAGAGAAGAUCCCUUCUGGUCUCGUUUCUGUUGUGUCAAUGCCAUCAUUCUCAUGUGUGUCAACAUCUUCCUCUAUGCUUACUAUGCAUAACACAUAUUGUUUUUUGUCUUUUUGAUACAAAUGCAUCACCUAGACUUCUGAUAAAACCUUUGGGAUUUUACUUAUUACAUGUCAUGAUAAUAUUAGAAUUGAUACAAUUAAUAAAAGAAAUAGUAAUAUAAAUUCUAUGGAAGCUUGUUUCCACUACUGACUUUUUUUUUCUCUAAACUCAGAAGUGUAAAGUGUAAGAGAUAUAAAUUCUUAAAGGAGAAGUCCAAUUCCAAAACAAAAAUUUACUUGUCAUCCAAGAUGUUUGUGUCUUUCUUUCUUCAGUCAAAGAAAUUAUG